AUGCGUGAAGGUAAUAUCAUCACCUCAGAUUAUCAAUGCACACCUGCAACACAGAACUGCCCCACGUGUGGCGCAGACACUUCAAAGUCGUUGACCACUGCUACAGUAGACUCAAACAACACUGAUACAAAUCUAGUUCAGUCAGAAGAUUCCGAUUCCAGGCAUGAGAAGGAAGCCGUCGAGCUUGAUGAUGAACAGGACUCAGAGCAUCGUGCUCCCCCUCCAGCAACGGAAGAGGAGAUCUCCGUGACACGUACAUCACGAGCAAAUGAAAGCGUCGCGCUACCGCGCACGACUGGGACUGACGACAGUGAAGAGGAGAUCGCGCGAGAGCGCCACCAGUGGGAUGUGAUUGAGCUGAUUACAGAUGGAUCCCUGAGGCAACUCUUGCGAGAUUCAAUCAACCAAAAGCCCAAUCGCAACGUAAGCCUCGAUGACUGCAGCAUCGAGUCGCGGUUCCGCGGAGGCUACAACCAUAUUGUGAUGAUGGCGGCCGUUGUCAACAAGCGGGUCAAGCGAUACGUUGUUCGCAUCCCUGCAAUUGGGACGAAGGCCCGCUGGCGGGAAGGCGAUGCGCAUAACAUGCGCUGCGAGGUUUCUCUGACAAAGUACCUGAAUAUCGAGCGGGUUGUGCCUGUACCUAAGAUCGUUGCGUUCAAUAAUACGCUCGAAACGAUCAUCGGCGCGCCCUACAUUUUGAUGAAACAAAUGCGAGGACGCCCAGCCCAGAUGAUCUGGUACGACCAGCCAGGCAACCGUACGUAUGAGACUACAAGCAACGUCACGCCUGAGACUGAGAUUAAGCGUCUCAUCUUCCUACGUUCAUUGGCAUUCCAGAUGUCAAAGCUUGAGUAUCUACGAUUCGACAAGAUCGGUAUGCCUGACUUCACCGACACGCUCAUCACGGACGCGAAGCCAAAUGUCACCUGCGCUUACCGGUGGAAGUCUCCCUACGAAAUGAAGCCAGAAGACUUGGAAUCCGAUGAGCAGAUCUUCAAGUACGGCCCGUUUGAUUCCAGCCAAGAAUAUAUGACAGCCGGCAUCGACACAAAGUGGCCCAGCACUCACAGCCCCGACUUCGACGAGUAUCCAGACACGGAAAACAUGAUCUUCGGUGUCCGCAAGCUCCUCAAUAUCCUCUACUCGCAUCCGCUCAUUGCCACAUCAACAAUCGCCCCUCUCGCUACCGAGGAGCCCGAAACCUUUACCCUCAGCCACCCAGACCUCGACUUCCAGAACAUCCUCUGCGAUGACGAAGGCAACGUGACAGGCAUCAUUGACUGGGAAGGCUGCACAACCACACCCCGUUGCGCCGGUUACUCCGCGGUUCCAGACUUCCUGCGCCGCUGCUGGGUCCCAGAGCACGAGGCGAGCGACAUGCCGCACAUGGACUGGCAGGUUGAUCAGUAUGUGCAGAUCUACACAGAUGCUAUGCGCGAUUUCACGCCUAGGGGCGCGGUGUAUACACGUAAGUCGGCCAUGUAUAAUGCAAUCGUGCGAGCGGUCGCGGAGGGCAACGCGAUGGAUCUGUGUCUGAAGCUAUUCAAGCAAAUUCCGGCGAUGUGUGGGGUCAAUGCUCAGACGUUUGAGGGAUUAAUUGGGAAGGGAUGUCCCGAGGCGGAGGCGUUUAUCAAGGAGAAGUUGGAGAAGCUGUUGGCGCCUGACGAAUUUGUGCAGGGUUGA